CACUGCCGCUGCUUCGCGGGUUGGAGGGCCCGGGUCCCGGGGCGAGCGGAGGCUGCGGGUGGGAGCCUGCGCGGGCACUGCGGAGCGGGCCGGGGGAGGCCGGGAUGGAGCCCCCCGGAGUGGACUGAAGCGAGCGAGCCGGGCUCCAGAGCCUCGGGCGGCAUCCGGGGCCUCCCGGGGCUGCGGCGGAUGGUCUGAGGGCGGCGCAGACAUGGCUCACCUCCGGGGAUUUGCCAGCCAGCACUCGCGCGUGGACCCCGAGGAGCUCUUCACCAAGCUGGACCGCAUCGGCAAGGGCUCCUUCGGGGAGGUGUUCAAGGGCAUCGACAACCGCACCAAGGAGGUGGUGGCCAUCAAGAUCAUCGACCUGGAGGAGGCGGAGGACGAGAUCGAGGACAUCCAGCAGGAGAUCACCGUGCUCAGCCAGUGCGACAGCCCCUACAUCACGCGCUACUUCGGCUCCUACCUGAAGAGCACGAAGCUGUGGAUCAUCAUGGAGUACCUGGGCGGCGGCUCCGCACUGGACCUGCUGAAGCCAGGCCCCCUGGAGGAGACCUACAUCGCCACCAUCCUGCGGGAGAUCCUGAAGGGCCUGGACUACCUGCACUCGGAGCGCAAGAUCCACAGAGACAUCAAAGCUGCCAACGUGCUGCUCUCGGAGCAGGGAGACGUGAAGCUGGCCGACUUCGGGGUGGCGGGGCAGCUCACGGACACGCAGAUCAAGAGGAACACGUUUGUGGGCACCCCCUUCUGGAUGGCCCCCGAAGUCAUCAAGCAGUCAGCCUAUGAUUUCAAGGCCGACAUCUGGUCGCUGGGGAUCACGGCCAUCGAGCUGGCCAAGGGUGAGCCUCCGAACUCUGACCUCCACCCCAUGCGCGUCCUGUUCCUGAUCCCCAAGAACAGCCCGCCCACGCUGGAGGGCCACCACAGCAAGCCCUUCAAGGAGUUUGUGGAGGCCUGCCUCAACAAGGACCCCCGAUUUAGGCCCACCGCCAGAGAGCUGCUGAAGCACAAGUUCAUCACGCGCUACACCAGGAAGACCUCCUUCCUGACGGAGCUCAUCGACCGCUACAAGCGCUGGAAGUCCGAGGGGCACGGCGAGGAGUCCAGCUCCGAGGACUCCGACGUUGAUGGAGACGCUGAGGACGGAGAACAGGGCCCCAUCUGGACGUUUCCCCCAACCAUCCGGCCCAGCCCACACAGCAAGCUGCACAAGGGGGUGGCCCUGCACGGCCCCCAGAAGUCUGCGGAGCCCGUCAAGAGGCAGCCGCGGUCGCAGUGCCUGUCCACUCUGGUGCGGCCCGUCUUUGGAGAGCUCAAGGAGAAGCACAGGCAGAGCGGCGGGGGUGUGGGGGCCCUGGAGGAGCUGGAGAACGCCUUCAGCCUGGCCGAGGAGUCCUGCCCUGGCAUCUCCGACAAGCUGAUGGCCCAUCUGGUGGAGCGGGUGCAGAGGUUUUCACACAACAGAAACCACCUGCCGUCCACCCGCUGAAGCUGCUGCUUGUGCAGAGGGGAGAGAAGGGUCUUGUUUUGACCUCUGUACAGACCGCACCGACCUGCAACCCCUAGUGGGACGAGCCCCGCCCCCCGUGCCGAGGGCUGUCCUGCCUCUCCUUCCCGGCUGGGCUGAGGCGCCUGCAGCAGAGACUCAGGGAGAGCUGCGCAGCCCCUCGGGCUCCUGGAGAAGCAGCCCUGAACCACGGUGCAGGCUGCCGGCAGACGGCCUGCUCCACCUCCCAGGCCGCCCCCCUUGUGGUGCUGGGUCAGGUGCCGUGUCUUCUCGUAAGUACACGUGUCGGCCGGAACUUCUUGUUUCAGAACUGAACUCCCUUGCUGCCCCCUGUACUCCGAGGUUAAGGUGUUAGUUUUCAUAGGACUUUGUGAGGCUCCUGCCACUUUCAAUAAAGACCUGAACUGAAGAUGUGCUGGUAGUGGGAGGAAACCCAGGCCAGGUUCUGACAACCCCAUCUCCCCUUGGGGUGCCUCGUUCCUGGCUCGUCACAGCACACACUGACCUCGGAGGGAACAGGACCGAACAGAGGGCAGCAGGCAUCCUGGGUGCAGAAAGAUGCCCUUUAUUCUCAGCCACACACACAAGCAUGACAAAGGCAUGUUCGUCAACUUACACUUGUUAAGAAACACUGAGUACUAAUAAAUUAGAGGCCCUCACCCUCCCAGGGCCACAUGGAUCUUCGGGUUCCACUUCUCCAGAGGUCUGUGGGGUGGGCACCAGAGUGGCUUCUGCUGGACUUUGUGCAGCUGUGACCUGAGGCCUGUGCACAGCUGCAGUGGGCGGGUGCGGGCCCCC